CACAAUAUAUAUCACACACACACCAAUUUAACAAAGUUUCAGCCACAAAAACAAAGUUUCUGAAGUAGAACAAUGACUUUCACAGUAAAGACAACCCAAUUUAACAGGAAAUAAGACUUUCAAACCAGGAACAGAUUUCUGCAAUUAUUAAAAAUGGUUUAUUAUAAAAGCUAUGAAAAUUCGCCAAAAAUCAGAGGAUAAGGGAAACGUUCCAAAUUUUGGUGAGCUAUCAGUUUUAAAUGUGUUCUACCACUGUACCAAGUUGGAAGAAGAUCACUCAAAAAAUGAGGGUGGGAGAGUCCUGUAAAGUCCUCUCCCUCUGUGCUGUUUUUGGGAAUUGUGCAUGCGCGUCCGCCAUUAACGAAUUAAUUUUGAAGAUAACGAAUUUUCGUUAAUUUCGAAAAUUUUUGGGGGCCAAAUUCGUAAAUAGCAACAAAAACGAAAAACUGCCCCCCUCUAGUUUUGAAACAAGUUUAGAAUCAAAUUUUUCAUGGAUCGAUCAAGCCUAGUAGAUAACCAUAAUGGGGUCCUUAAAUGAAAAAGCUUUUUGUAUUUUUGCCAUGUCCUAAGUAAGGAGACCGGAUGAAGUGAUUCCCAAAGUUUUUCUCUUUUUUCUCUCUUUCGUACCAAACAUACGAAUGCCAGCCCACUCUCAAGUCAUAACCCUCCAAAGUGAGUAGUUUUUCUUUUUUGAGGUUCAUCCAAUCUCUUAUCCAGUCCAGGGCACAGGCAUCGUGAUAAAGUUUUAAAACUGGGAAUCCAAAUCCUCCUCUAUUUAUUUUUUUUGUCUGUUAAUAUUGUGUAUUUAAUCCUGGGUUUCUUCCCCUUCCAAACAAACUUCAUUAUGUCUUUAUUCCAUUCUUUAAAUAUACUAUUCUUUCGUAUUAUUGGAAUAUUUUGGAAUAAGAACAACAAUCUUGGUAACGUUUUGUCUGGAUUCAGUUUCAAUUUGUUUUUCCUGAGCCAGCUCAUUACCUCCCCCAGGCAUUCUUUCAGAGGAAAUAGUAUCCUUAGCUGCAGCUGAUUUUGAAAGCAUGGAGAACUAUAUGGGUGUCAUCAGCAUGCUAAUAGCAUCCUGCUCAAGGCCUCUGGAUGAUCUCUCCCAGUGAUUUCAUGUAAGUAUUAAAAAGCAUUGGGGAUAGAAUGGCACCUUGUUUGAUGCCAUGUAAUAGCUACUUUUUUGAAGAGCAGCUAUCCCCAAUACCACCAUCUGGAAUCUGACUGAGAGGUAUGACUAGAACCACUGCAGAACAGUGCCUCCAAUUCCCAAACCCCUCUGGUGUUCCAGCUGGCUUUCUAUCCCACAUCAUUCCUAUCCCAGUGUUCUCUAAUUAGGAAUCAGGGAUUACAGUAAACUGAGUCUUAUCACCAUUUUCAGACAUGGAUUCCCUUAAGCAACCACCAGAAGUGGCUGUGCAUUGUGGGAUGGCCUCUGUGGGACUUGGUUUUGCCAGCACCUGAAACCAGAGAGAAGACACAGAGAAGAUUGCAUCUGUUAAGGUCCCACGUCUUCUUUAGAAGUGUAUCUUAUAACCUUUUUUGGGGCUACCUUGCAGAAAAUUGUACCUAUAUAAACAAACCUAGAUAAUACGGAAUAACAUAAUUAUUCAUUACCAUCUUGUUAUUAAGCAACACUGCAAUUCAGAUUUCAUGUUCUGAGGGAUUUAAUGGAUGCGUGUCACUUUUUGUGUGUGUAUGUAUCAUACUAUGUCUGACCAUUGUUUGCAUAAGCAAAGAUUUGUGUGGGCAGAUAAGGACAAUGCAUCUUCAACUGAUUACUUCAGAUCAUACAUUUUGGAUUAUUUAAAAUAACCAGCUUUUCUACUUAAUGAUUGCAUCAUUGACUUUCAUCAAUAUAAGAAAGAGAAGGAGAGAGACUUUGUAACUGGAAUUCAGUACUCUCAACAGAAGAUUGUCUAUUCACAAGGUCAGUGCUUAUGUUUACUUUCAUUUUACAAAUUCUGAUAUAUGGUGUUCUAAAUGUAAGCAAUUAGAUUUAUGAGAGAAUAGUUCUUAAACCAUUAUAUUAUUUAAAAAUGUAACCUUUUGUUUCUGUGUACAACUUUACUUAUAUUGUCAUUACUUACAGAUAUAUUUUGUUAACUAUCUGGUGAUAGCAAAAAUACAGAAAUCAAGAUAUAUUUUAGGAUGGAUAUUAAAUACCAUCUAUUUUUAUUUGUUUCCAGAAUGUAUCAGCUUCAUCAAUAAAUAAGGGAGAAAAGUGAGGAAAUAAUUAGUCUUGGAGUGUGACUUUAUGAAGUUGGCCAUUUAUUUGAAAGAUGACAGCUGAAAGUACUGACUAUGGUUUAAAGCAAGACCCUAUACAUUAUAUUUUGAGUGGAUAUUCAGAUGUAAUGCUGUAUCCCAUUACAGUGUUAGGGAUUCUGAUAAUAUUAUAUUAUCCUGCUCUUGUUUCGGUCCUCGCAAUGUACAUUGGCAGCACAGUCUGUGUCAUUUGUAGGAAAAUUGGUAACCUUCCAGAAGAUACAGAUAACAAACGAUGGGACAAAACAAAGCAAAUCCUGACAACUGUAUCAUAUGUGUUGGGAAAGAUAUUACAUGGUUAUGAAAUUUGCGGAAUAGAAAAUCUUCCAAAAGGACCGGCUGUUCUUGUUUAUUACCAUGGGGCCUUAGCAAUGGAUCAGUACUUAUUUAUGUUUACACUCUAUAGAAUUACAGGCAGAUUCUGCAUUUCUGUAAUUAGCCAUUUCCUUUUUCAUCUACCAGGGUUAAAACAUUUUUUUCGCGUUAUUCGCUGUAUUCAUCCUACAAGACAAGAAUGUGUGACACUUCUAGAGAAAGGACAUCUAUUAGGUGUUGCACCUGGCGGAAUUCGAGAGCAGAAUUAUGGAGAUAAUACUUACAAGCUUAUCUGGAGGCAGCGUACAGGAUUUGCUCAAGUAGCCAUAGAUGCAAAAGUUCCCAUCGUUCCUAUGUUUACCCAAAAUAUCCGAGAGGGAUAUGUCAUAUAUGGAAACAUAAGACCAAUGCAAUGGCUUUAUGAGAAAACACGAACUUUAGUGUUUCCUAUGUAUGGACUAUUUCCAGUCAAAAUCCGGACACAUAUUGGACAACCUAUUCCAUAUGAUCCAAAUAUAACUGCAGCAGAAUUAGCUGAAAAAGCAAAAAUUGCUAUUGAAGCUUUGCGAGACAAACACCAGAAAAUACCAGGCAGCAUACUAAGUGCUUUGGGGGAGCGCUUUGAGAUACGUCGCAAAAAUGAAUAAUGAAGGAAAUGAAGGAUUGCACUGAUAUGCAUCAAUACUUUCAGAAUUGCUCAUCACAAGGAACUUCAACAUGAAUAUGGAGCUGCUGUUUCACAAAUUAUACAGGUUUUUAUAUCAAACUGGAAUUAAUUUUUUCAUCUACUCCCUUCUCCAACUUUCAAUGUAAGAGGAUUUUUUAUCAGUGGUGGAAUUUAAAAAAAUAAAACUAAUAAAUUUAAGUAACAUUU